AUGGCCUCUUGCCUCUUCAUCCUUCUGGCUUUCCUGUCUGCCGUGAGCGCAGCAGGUUUGUCCGCCAAUUACCCUAUCAACGCGCAGUUGCCCCCAGUCGCGCGAGUGUCGCAGCCCUUUAGUUUCACCUUCGCCGAUGACACAUUCGCCAACGCCGAUGCGAAAACGAAGUAUUCACUAUCUAAUGCACCAGAAUGGCUGGAAGUUGAAAGUAGCACUCGCACACUUUCUGGUACACCGCACUCGGAUGACGAUGGCUCCAAAGCUUUCAAGCUAGUGGCGUCAAAUGGAUCCGAUGCGGACAGCAUGGAUGUCACCCUCAUCGUGACCUCGGACAGCGGACCAACCAAAGGAAAAUCUCUCAUAGCACAACUGGAAAAAUUAGGGCCAGUGUCAUACCCAGCAACGCUUUUCAUACAUCCCGGUCGCUCAUUUUCGAUUACAUUUGACCCAGAGACCUUCCAGAACACCCACCCAGCCACGAUCUACUACGGAACCUCGCCUAACAAUACGCCCUUGCCAUCAUGGAUCGGCUUUGAUCCAUCUACCUUGACGUUUGCCGGCAACAGUCCAUCUUUCCCCGGGGCUGGCCCUCAAACAUUCACUUUCCAGCUCAUUGCCUCGGACGUGGCCGGGUAUAGCGCUGUCAACGAGACUUUCCAGCUUUCUAUCGGCCCGCACACCCUGGCAUUCAACGAGACUGUCCAGACGUUCAAUCUCACGAGAGGUGAAAAUUUCAGCAGUCCCAAUUUCCGGAACCUGUUAUCAAUGGACAACUCCCCAGUCUCGGGAGUGGAUGUGAAGAGCAUCGAUGCCAAUUUGCCAGAUUGGUUGACAAUGGACAAGGAUAACAUCUCCCUAAGUGGCACGCCGCCAAAAAAUGCAGUCAAUCAAAACAUCACUAUUGUUGUUACCGAUACCUUCGAGGAUCAAGCGAGAAUGAUGGUACGCUUAGAGUUCAUGGAGUUCUUCCUCGAGACCGUGGAGGGUUGUGAAGCGACCAUUGGAGAAGACUUCAUGUUUGUGUUCAACCAGUCCAUCCUCACCGACAACUCCAUUCAACUGGAUGUGGAGUUGGGCAGCGACUUAUCGUCAUGGCUUGUCUACUACUCCGAGAACAAAACGCUCUACGGACAUGUUCCUGCGGAUAUGAAACCCCAGAAGUUCACUAUUCCGUUGAAAGCAUCUCAAGGAUCUACUACCGACUCGCAGGAUUUUGAAUUUGAUGUUCUCGAGCCAGCCGAAACCCACAAUGGGAAUCAUGACCCAUUCUCUGAUCCGUCCAACCCUUCGCACAAGAAAGCUGGUAUCAUCGCGAUCUCUGUUGUUCUCCCAGUCGUAGUCAUUUUGAGCGCUAUCAUUCUCUUCUGUUGCUGGCGCCAGAGGAAAAAGACUGCUACGGUGGAGGAAGGAGAAUUCAAGGCGAAACCAUCGCCACCUCCCCGACCAGCCAGACCCGACAUGCCAAAGAAUUGUCCACCUGGUGUCACUGAAAGACCCUCUCAAGACGAUCCUUCGGAUGACUUGAUGAAUCCUAUCUCUCCCUCAUCCGACCCCCCCCAAACUUGA